AUGAGCGACCACAACACUUUGCCAGAGAGAGAAAACCCGGAAGAAGUACGCCAAUUGGAGGUAAGAGCGGUUUUUUCAUGGAACAAUAGAAUGUUCAAAUCUUCAGGACGAACUGGACGCUCUUUCGAUCACUUGUGCCUGUGAUGCUCCAUUGAUUGCUCCGCGAAGGCUCUUCUCAAGUGAGUAUUUGAUUCAUUAGAGAAGCUGGAAUGUAGGCACAAAAUACAAACGAAUCAAUGUUUCAAUUACUUCCCUUUCAGCAUACGUUCGAGAGAACAUAUAAUUGAUUUGGAAAACUAGUUUCAUAAUAAUAAUCCAGUUCAAUCUACUAGAGGAUUACUUCUAUCUUCAUAGAAAUAGAUCAAUUCGAAAAACAUUCAAUUGCAGGUCCGCCCAGACAAAGUGCUCCCGAACAGAUCGAUAAUGGAGCAGCUGAUGUUGCUCCGUUCGACUUCGAAUUGUACAACCGCCCGCGAAGUGUGCCAACGGAGGGGAUGCUCCGGCUGGAAAUCAAAAACUUUCCGAGCUUGAGAGCAAAAGUGAGCACUCCUUUCCAGUACAUUGGAAACUUACCGUGGUCAGUGAACAUCUGCCUUCUCUCCACCUCAUAUUUCUUUUCAGGAGACUAGCAGCCAAAACGGAAAAGACGAAGCGGACCUCGGAUCAGAAGUUCUUCUCGGUGUACAUCGACUGCAAUCCAGAGUCCGAGUCGACGCUCUGGUCGUGUGACGCCGUCGUCGAGUUCCGGUUGGUCUCCGGGAAUCGAACGCAUCCUCCGUUCUCGCGCGAGUUCAAAAACAAGUUCAAUUACAACUCGAACAACUGGGGCUUCCCCUCGUUUAUGGCCUGGGACGAGGUGAACAAUUCGAACUUUGUGCGGAACGACACGGUCACCGUCGUCGCGCGCGUCGUCGUUCAGAAGGUGCUGGGAGUGCGGAACGUGCCGAGGUACGACUUCGGAGCGAUGCAGGCCAACAUUUGCGACAUGACGCUCGUCAUCAACAAACAGAAAUUGUUUGUCAACAAAGCGGUGAGUGAAUUGAACAACUGAUAAAAAGUGAGGAAAUAAUUUCAGUACCUUGCCCUCUACUCGCCCGUCUUCUACGCCAUGUUCUAUUCAAAUUUUCAAGAGAGGGAAAAGGCCCAGGUAGAACUGGAAGACGUUAUUCUCGAAGAGUUCCGAGAGCUUCUCAACAUCAUCUACCCUUGCCACAAGCCGGUGACCGCUGACAACGUCGAAUAUCUUCUGGAGUUGGGCGACAAAUACGAGAUCCAGUACGUGAUGGACGAGUGCGAACGGUUCCUCGUCUCCACCGGAGAGGUCGAUACGAUAGUCAAAUUGAUGUGGGCUGAUCAGUAUUUGCUGGCGAAGCUGCAGGUUUGAAAUAUUAUCAAUUCACUGUUUUGAGCGAAUCAUUUUAGGACAGCUGCUUGCGGAAUAUAAAAAGUGUGUCGGAGAUCAAAGAGUUUCGGAUAAAAGAAGAGUUCAAGAAUCUGAGCGACACCACGAAGGCGGCACUUUUGGAGAAGAUUCUCAAGAUUGUGCCCUGA